GCUCAUAUCAUCUCAUAUCUUCUUGAUGCCGACCAGCCCUACAUGCAUGAGGUAGUUACUAGCUAGGGAGUACUUGCCUCCAUGGAUCCCACUUCAAACACAUCGCUCAGCUAGCUAGCUGAUAGUAUGUACCCACUCGCUCUCCUUUGUGACCUCACCGUGGCCAUCACCGUCAAAUAAUGCCUCCCGAGCCCUGACCAGCGCUCAGCUCACCUCAAGCAGUACGCCUUGACUCUUCUUGAGCCAUGGACACGAAGGGAUCCGGCGCGCAUAGAGAAGGAGAGGAGACCGGGAACACCAUGGCCGGCAACGUCGGCGCCGGCGCCAUGACGGUGGCAAGGGAGUACCGGCGGGGGGACUGGACGCUGCCGGAGACAAUGCUGCUGAUCGAGGCCAAGAAGCGGGUGCACGAGGAGCGGCACCCGGCGGACCUGGGCCUGGCGCGCUGGCGGUGGGUGGAGGACUACUGCUGGCGCGCCGGGUGCCGGCGCAGCCAGAACCAGUGCAACGACCGGUGGGACAACCUCAUGCGGGAUUACAAGAAGGUGCGCGCGUACGAGCACGCCGGCGCCGCAGCGGAGGCGCCGAGCUACUGGGAGAUGGCGAGGGCGGAGAGGAAGGCGAGGUACCUCCCCUCCAACCUCCUGCGCGAGAUUUACGAGGCCAUGGGCGAGAUCGUCGAGCGGCGGAUGAGCUUCGCCGGCGCCGGUGGCCCAUUCUUGGGCGCACCGCCGCCACCGCCGAUGGUCAGCAGCGGCCUCGUCGGCGCCCCUAUGCAGGCCUCGCCGCUCGCUCAAGUCCAGCCCCGACCUCUAGAAGACCAAGAAGAAACGCGUGGCAGCUCCGAGUCGUCGCCGGAGAGGAAGAGGCUGCGGCUAUCGCUGGACGGCCAGCCCGGGAGCAGCACGCCAGCGUCUGCCGCAGGGCACGACGAUCGCCACCAAGAGCCCCAGGGCGACGACAGGGAGAGCUCCGACGACACCGAGGAGCACGACGAGCUGAGCGGGGCGAUCGGGCAGUGCGCGGCCAUCCUGUCGGGCGCGCUGGAGAGCCGAGAGGCCGCGGAGGAGCGGCGGCACAGGGAGGGGAUGGCGGUGGAGGAGCGCCGCAGCGUGGCCAAGCAGGCGCGGCGCGAGGCCGGCGAGCAGUGCAUGGCCGGGCUGGCGGCCGCCGUGGGCCAGCUCGCCGGCUCCAUGCUCGCGCUCGCCGCCAAGCACGAGGGCCCCGCCGCGCCCAAGUGAGACAAACGAACAAACCCCGGCCAGACCAAUAAUCCAACGGGAUCCCUCUCUAUCUCGUUGCUGUGUGUGCUGCACGAUGAUGCCGCCCCGCGCCGCGCGCGUGCAGUGAUCGAGUGCGCAGCGGCAUGCAUGCAUGCACAUCUUGCGUGCACGGAGCUCGAGACCGGUGCGCGCUACGAUCGGCGAGCCCGGGAAGCCUGGGCCUUGCAUGUGAUUCACAUGUAGCUACUCCAGAGCGGCUGCCAGGGAUCCAUCCAUGGCACGUACGUACGUACUACGUACAUGGAGCUUGAUUAGAAUACUAGUAGUACUUUGUUCAUGUGCUGGUUUAUUGGGGAUUUGGGGUUUAUGCAUGCAUGCAUGCCAUAUUGCCAUUCAUGAUUCGACGGUGGUGUGUGUGAUCGAGUGAUGGCAUGUUAGCUGCAUGAGGGUUUAGCAUCUAAAAACGUCUUUCGUGCUGUCAAUGUAAAGUGCAUUCAAUA